CCGAGCGUGUCUCCCGCCGCGCGCUGGGAUGGCGGGCAGCAGUGCGUGCUGCACGAGGUGACUCGCUUCCACACCCUCGCUGCCAUCCCCAUCCGCUAUGCCGCCCAGGUGUGUGGCGAGCAGGUGGCGGGCAUCAAGAAGGCGAACCGCAUUUCGGCGGAUCCGCAGAUUGGCUGCUCUGA